GCCAAGCCUCACACUGCGCACCACAGUGAGUGGCAGUUGCACAUCUCCAUCGGUCCGGCCAAAACGUCAGUCAUCCCUGACUCUCUGUGCCCACCCCCCCACGUCCAGACAGCGCCUGGCCUCUGCACUCUCCUGGCCGCCCCUCUCUCCUGAUCCCGCGGGUGCCUCCCCUGGUCCUUGCCGCCAGCGGGGUCUCUGGGACAGUGAGGCUGCCCCCCGCCCCCAAAAGCCAGCUCCCCCCCGCGUGGCACUCUGCUGUCACCUUGCAGGCACAAGAUCACAUGCGCCUCCCAGGACCUGCACCAGGCAGAUGCUCCCGCCAUCCCGCUGGGAGCCCCAGGCCUUGCCUCCAGGGCUGAGCCCACUCUGGCAGAGAGGAAGGGGUUCAGAAGAGACAGGAGGAGGAAGACCAUCUUCUGGUGUCACGUGAAGCCUGGCACAGAGGCCCCUCCCCCAAGUAUCCCCCCAAUGGACAGGGUCAGGCCCCUGACCAUGCCAGACCACCCAGCCCGGAGGCCUUGGAGAGGGUCCGGCUGAGCAGAUGCCCCCCUCGCCCCACCCCUGGCAUCCGUGUGCCCUGGAAAGGUCCUCCUGGGCACCAGGCAUGGCUGGGUCCCGCUCUCACUGUCCUCCAAGCCCACGGGGCUCCCGAGUGCUGUGGUCCCUCUUCCGCGGCCCUUGGGUGCAGCGGAGCCCCUCACCCAGGUUCCAGACCCUCGGGUGGGAAGAUGUCUGGCUUCCCCAGAGCCAAGGCGAGGGUCUCUUACGGCAGGAGGGGCUUUUUUGGGGGGCUGAGGUUGCAGCUGGGGCUCCUGGGCUCCCUGACUUCCCUCUGGGAGGGAGGAGUGGGCAGGAGAAGGGGGGCCAGCCUGGGGCUCAGCCCUGAGAGGCAUGGAGGCCAUGGGGAUGCAUGAACACACAGGAGGGGUGCCUCCUUUGUGACCAGGGCCCUUUGGGGACAGACCCCUGAACCCAGGAUGGACAGUGUGGGGGCAGUGCCCCAGUCAGGUGGACGGGGUCUCGGUGCCCCCCAGCACACUCAACUGUGGGACACGCAUUUACACACUCCCUCCACAUGCAGUUUUCACACACAAAGACACCCUCACAGAGUCGGAGCUUGCAAGACACAGCCUUAAUUUUUAGAACCUGUAAUGGGGAGCCUGGCACUGUGGCCUCUCUCCCUAAUCUGUCAGUGAUCUGACAGUGCACGCAUUACCCUCCUGGUUAUACAUGCAUUUUUCUAAAGGAAAAUGUCUACAAAUGUGGAAGAGAAUUCAGUUGUGGUUUUGCAAUAAGGCCCCAUCUUUAUUUUUUUAAGUUAAUUCUGCAUAAAAUAAUGAAUUCAUCCAAAAAAUGAUGUCCAUUAAAGUGUGGGGCCAUGUGACAGCCCCAGAAGGUUGUGGUGGUCUGUUGGCAAGGACCCCCUGUGAGGUGGGUCUGCCCUGCACACCCUGCCUCCCCUAGUGCCUGGCCCCACCACUGGUCCUACCAGCCCUGGCUUCACACUGGGGAGACUGGGGAGACUCCUGAGCUAUGUGAACAGGCAGGAUCUCCAGGGAACCCAGCUGGUUUGGGCCCGUGGGCAGGUAGGUGGAGGACCACGAGAGAACAGGAAAAUCUGGAGUCCCAGGAGGUGGCCUCAGAGCAGAGCAGGGAAGGGGCUAAGGGCGAGUCCCAUCGAAGCCGCAGCCUGACCUCGUCCACUGCAUGGAGGGACUGCAGGGAGUCACGACCCUGUGUGACAGGCCUUCCCAGAAAGUUGGACCACCAGAGGGUCCCGGCUCAGUUCAGGCUCACGGCAAGCCCAACGCAUGAGUGACCAGGGUCGGGGCUCAGACGUUGACCCCAGUGAGAGCUCAGUUUGGGGCCGAGGUCAGAAAUCAACGUGCGAUCAGGAGUAGAGUUUAAUAACUGUCUUCAGGGCGUCACAGCCAUGGUCAUGUCCGUGAGGUCAUCUGUCUCAGGCAGUUGGGCUGCCAGAACAAAAUACCAGAGUCUGGGUGACGUAAACAAGAGAAUUUGUCUUCCUCCCAGUUCUGAGACCUGGGCUUCUGGGCGGGCAGGUGCUGGCGGGGCCUCUCUGCCUGGCUUGCAGGUGGCUCCCUUGCCCUGCGUCAUCACACACGAGAGAGAGAGCCGGGGCCACACCUUCUCAGGUCACCAAAUCGCAUCACGAGGGCCCCAACCUCAUGACUGCAUCCAACCCUGAGGCCCCGUCUCUGAAAACCAUCCUGUCGGGGGUUAGGGCUUCAAGAUAUGAACGUGGGGGGACACAACUCAGAGCGCAGCACUGCGUCCUCGCCCCUCACAGUUCAUGUCCUCCUCCCGUGCGCGGUGCGUUCACGCCACCGCAGCCAGCGCCCACGCGAACACCUACAGCCCAAAGCCUCCCCUGAGUCCCCUCCACAUCAGCCAUGGCUGAGUCCAAGGACACGUCAUCCUGGCAAAUUCCUCUCCGCACGUGAACCUGUGACACCAGAGAAGUCACGUGCCUCCAAAAUACAGCCGGGGGACAGGCCGAGGACAGAGGCUCCCACUGCAAAGGGAGAAAUCGGAUGGAAGGGUGGCGGGUCCCAGCCCCAGCAAAGCCGCGUCGUGGCCAGGGCUCGGGGCGCUCCUGCCCGAUGCCAGCCGAGGACUCUGGUGCGUGCGAGGCAGUGCAGUGCGGGCAGAGUGAGGAGUAGCCCUCUUGGCCCGCAGCCCUGGCGCCAGGAGCACCCCCUUAGGGAACUGGAAAUAUCUUCAGGCCCUGCCACGCAUCCCCUGGGCCACAGGAACGCCCCCGGCUGAGAACCAGUGCCUUACGGUAAUGCUUCGUAUCAAAUCAUAUCAACACACACAGGCAACUGUCAAUAUUUGAAGAGUGAGUGUUCCAGGCUGGUGCUAGGUGCUGGGCGCCUUGAACACAAAGACAGAUAAGAAAGGCCCCCGCCCAGGGCACCUCGGCCCCGGUGAACCGGGAUGGGGGUGGGCGCAGGCAGGCAGCCCCACACCGGAGCAGGGAAGGCACAAACGCUGUCCUGGCCAGGCGAGCUAGCUGAGCUGAGGGGCGGCGGCUGGGGCGGGGUGUUCAGAGAGCAAGCGCCAGGUGGGCGGCCAGGGGCGAAGCCGCGUGCUGCUGGGGGGGCCUCGCUCACCUGUGUGCGACCUCGGCACGUCCCUCCCUCUCAGGGCCCCAGGCUCUGAGGCACAGAGCCCGGCCUGGGGAGAGACAGGGGCUGGGGUGUGGGGAGACCCCAGGAGUGUUGUGAGUCGCGGGAGGGCUGGGUCUCAGGGUGCCCCUGGCUCACACCACCCUGUCAUCCUGCUCCCGGCUGCCCCCCUCUGCGAGGCAUUCACCUGCCCUUCGGCCUUCCCCGCAGCCCAGGGAACCCCUUCCCCCAGCGCUCACGCCCCUGGCAACAUCCUCUCCACCCCUGACGUGCCCGGGCCCUUUUCCAGGGGGGGAAUCAAGGAGGGGAGUACUACACGCUCCAUGAGGCCAUCCACGGGGCCAGGAAGCUCUGAGGAAAUGAAAGGCACUCUCUCCCAUGGCAGGAGCCCGGUGCCCCCAGAUACACCCUGGGGCCAGCAGGCAGUAGGCGCAGCCUGUGCCCACCAGCACCUGGCCGACACGCCAAGGGGUCCCAGGGAGACUGUUCGCAGAGGGAGGGUCAGGUUGAGAGGGCAGCAGGGACCACUCCUGGCCCCCAGGCCAAGAGCAGCUGGGAGCCUCUGGCCCCCGGGGUGCAGAGGAGCAAGGGGAAGGGCCGGUUCCCAGAGGCUGGCCAGAGCGGCUGUGACGGGAGAAGGCUGGUGACCGGGUCACAGCUGCUGCCACGGUGGCCCAGGCGUCAGGGGGUGGCAGGACCUCCCACCCUCAGGUCUUGGCCUGUGGAAGCCUUUAUAGGAUCCUCACGCGACCCAGGACACAAACAGGGUGGAGAGUGGGCCUGGGUCUGGAUGCAGAACGUCUGGCCCAGUGCCAAGCUCCUGCCACCCCCUCGUCCUGCAGAGGCCGCUGACAUGGCAUUUCCCUGACUCCCUUGCAGCUAAAAUGCCACGGUGUGGGGUGGGGGGUAUUGAGUGAGGUCGCCAGGCCGAGGCCCGCCUGUACGCCGCACUCCACACCCUUGUGCCCUGGCAGCCUCCCCAGAAGGUCCCCCCAGGCCCCCUCUCUGAAGCCCACAUUUCCUUUCUGCUGAUUGUCUGUGACGUCUGAUCAAGGCCUGUCACCCCCGUGGGACUCAGCCACAGGGUCAGCGUGGCUCCUGCGUGGAAGACAGUGGGGCCGAGGGAGGCGCCCCUCAACCUGGGCUCAAAGACCGAAGGAGUGAGUGAGUCUGGAGAAAGUGGUCUCCCUUCUCUGCCCUCGCAGCCCCGCUGAGAUGGUGGAGAAGCGGCCUGGGGCCUCGUUCUGGGGUGGCUGACCCAUGGCCGCUGCCCCGGGCAGGCUCUGCCUUCCGGAAGCAGGAAGAAGGCCAAAGGGAGUGGGAGGGGGCAGCCUGAUGGGUGCUGGAGAUUGGGACCUGCCCCGCCCUGGGGCCCUGGUGCCGGGAAGCCACCCCACCCCCCGGCGGGCCAAGCCACAUAAAGCCGCCGGAGGUCUGCUCCCCACUGCCCUCCUGCCACCAUGAAGGCUGUCCUCCUCGCCCUGCUAGCUGCUGGCUUGGCCCUGCGGCCAGGCACUGCCCUGCAGUGUUACUCCUGCCAGGCCAAGGUCAGCAACGAGGACUGUCAGCACGUGCAGAACUGCAGCCACUCUGAGACCCAGUGCUGGACCGAGCAAAUCCGUGCUGUUGAUCUCCUGACCCUCAUCAGCAAGGGCUGCACCUCGCACUGUGAGGAAGACUCGGAGAACUACUACGUGGGCAAGAAAAACGUCACGUGCUGCUCCACCGACCUGUGCAACCUCAGCGCGGCCCACGCCCUGCAGCCGGCCGCUGUCACCCUGGCGCUGCUCACCGCUCUUGGCGGGCUGCUGCUCUGGGGCCCCAGCCAGCUGUAGGGUCCAGGAGGACCCCGCUGUGUCCCAGGCUGGACAGUGGUGCCCAGGGGCCUGGAGCACUCCUCACACACACCUGGCCCAGUCACGGCCCCUCCUGCGGUGACUCAGGUCAGGCAAUGCCCCCCUGCCCUUUCCAGCCCUCCCUGGCUGUCCCAGGACUGCUGCCCAGCCCCCACUGCCCAGCCAGCUAGGCUCUGUGAUGUGGAACAGCCUGCAGAUGGCCCAUCAGACCCCUGCCAAAUCUUCCGACCCACCCCUUAACACUCACCCAGGUACUUCUUCCUCCAGGAAGCCUUCCCUGCCUGCCACCUCCACAAGCUGAGCCAGGUCCUGCCUGUGGUGUCUCCUGCACCCAGCAUGGAGCAGGCUCUCAGGAGGGCCCUGAAAAGGCUGAGAGGAAAGGUUCCAAGUAGAGUUGGGGUCAGUGGUGUGAGGUCCUGGCAGCCGCAGGAGAUGGAGCUUGGCGGGGGCCCAGCUCCCCGUAUUCGUGUGGGUCCUGGGGCAGCAACCCCAGCACACACACUUGGUCUUUAAUAAAGGCCCUUGGGCUUGGGCGCAGAGAGCCUCUGUCCUUGCAUGCCCCCAGGCUGAGGUCAGAGCUGGGGUCCAGGGCUGUGUGGGGUUGCCACCUGGGGCCAUGUCUGGGCCUGUGGCCAUGCCCUUGGCUCCAACCCAGGCAGGAGCAAAUGUCUGACUCCUGAAAGGAAGGACAUCGCUGCAGGAGGCAGGGCCGUGUCCCUGGGGCCUCCUGGCUCUUGCUGUGUGGCCUCACACAUGUUGCUCAACCUCUCUGAGCCUCAGACGCUCACCGGGACCUGUCUCUGCUAUGAGGACGGACCCAGAGACGUCAAGGCAUGGAGAUAUUUCUGGGUGAGAGGGGCGGCUGCUGCAUGAGGCCCCCAGGGCCCCUGCCUCCCCCUUCAGCUUGAGGACAGCCCCUCUGUCUGUUUCUUCAAUUUCUUAUUUUGUUUGUUGUAAGGGCUUCACACCCAGAGUAAAAAAUUCAAACUGUACAAAAGGGUGCUGGGCCGGUUCUCCGACCUCGACUGCCGGCACCUCCCCCUCUCUAGGGUGCCCCAUUACACUGCCUGGGGAUUCUUCUGGGGUAACUGAGU